AUGGCUGCAGCCCGGUCUGAGAUAAAACAGGCCAUAGGCGAAGGCAACUUUGUGAAAGAGUCGGACAUCUUGCACCUCCCUUACUUGGAGGCAAUCAUGAAUGAGACACUAAGGAUGCACACGCCUGCUCCUCUUCUAGUGCCCCGAAGGGCAGACUCGGCUACAAAGUUAGCUGGGUACACCAUCCCUCAACACACCCAGGUGCUUGUAAAUGCAUGGCAGAUCAGCAACGACCCUACACUGUGGGAUGAGCCAACAUCUUUCUUGCCAGAGAGAUUUCUGAAAUCAGAUGUAAAUUUCAAAGGAAAGCAUUUCCAGUUCAUCCCAUUCGGUGCCGGAAAGCGGAUCUGCCCUGGCAUUCCGCUGGCUUCCCGCAUGGUUCUUCUGGUGUUGGCUUCUCUGAUAAACUCAUUUUCAUGGGUGCUUCCUAACAAAAUGGCUCCUCAGGAUCUUGAUGUGAAGGCCAAGUUCAGGCUUGUACAACAGAGGGCAAAUCCUCUCAAAGUGAUCCCUGUUCCGUUAACAGACAUGUAG